AUGUUGGAUUUAGGACAAGCUACCCUAGAUGCAUUCGGGGUGCAGUUGAGAGAAAGCGUUGUCAUGAAGUGGGCUGUUCUUAUAAUUGUCCUUUUUGGACUUUAUCAAAACGGCUUAGCAAUAUUGUGUUAUGAAUGUAAUAGUGCAAUAAAUUCGAUGUGUUCCGCCGCUGUUUUACCUGACUCCUUGAAGAAGAACUGUACAGAUCUAGACAAAGGAGUUACGCAUACUCUCUGUAGGAAGAUCAUUCAACAUGUGGACUAUGAGACAAAUGGACAAUUGCCCAUGAGCCGGGUCAUACGGAGCUGUGGCUGGGAUGAAAGUCGAUACAAGAAUACCUGUUACAAUCGAGCGGGUUACGGCGGACGUCAAGAAGUAUGUUCCUGCAAUAAGGACCUCUGCAAUAGUUCUUCGAAACUCACCGCUUUUGGGAUACGCACAUCUAUUGUAUUCUUCUUUUUUAGUGCAUUACUAAAUAAGUUGUAA